CAAAUCUGCCCAUCGACUGAUCAGUAAAGCAAUCCUGCUCAAACCACGAGUACCAUUUGGAAUUCAAAUGUAAAUAGGAGCUACCACUGGAUAAAGGAACUGAAUAAAAAGCUGGUUGUCAACGUAUCUCCUCAGUCACUUGUUGUAGAGCGAGUGAAAGAUGGCAGGUAUCUGGAUCUGUGUGUGCGCCCUUCUUUCUGCUGCUUUCUUCACCUCAACCUCAGCAACAACUUACAAAGAGGAUCUUCUUGGUCUGCCUGUCGACGUGGAUGUGACCAAUAUACAUGUUCAAAAAGCUGUUGAAUUCUUGAAACAACACUUGUCUCUCACCAGUGGUCAAAAGCUCAUAGUGGAGAAAGCUCAAAGACAGGCAGUUGCCGGAUUGAAACUGUGUCUGACCAUUAAGAUUGAAUCGGAGAUGCUGAACACCUCGACAAGCUGUGAAAUUAUUGUGUAUAGCCGUCCCUGGAUCAAUCAUAUGGAUAUUGCAUACAAUGGCUGCAGCAUUUAGAACCAAGCAACAAAUGUCCUAAUCAACUAAGAUUUGAUUUCUUCUAUACCCAUGCUAACAAUGUUAUAUUGUAAAGUUUCACAUGUAGUUCCUAUUGUAUUCUUCUCCAGCUGACAUGCAAUGUUACUUAUUCAUGAGGCAUUGGCAACUUG